AUCAGCAUUGAGCAAAAGAAAAAUAAAAACCCAAAAAACAACAACAACGACGACAAUUUUUUAAAGUCAUUUAAGCAUAAGCAUCUCUGGUUGAUCUGUAUUGAUCUCUGAAGUUAUUUUAAUCACCAUCAUCAUGUCUGGUCGCGGAAAAGGUGGUAAAGUCAAAUCGAAAGCUAAAUCACGUUCAUCGCGUGCUGGCCUGCAAUUUCCCGUUGGUCGAAUACAUCGUUUACUUCGUAAAGGUAAUUAUGCCGAACGUGUUGGUGCCGGUGCACCAGUUUAUCUUGCAGCUGUAUUGGAAUAUUUAGCUGCCGAAGUAUUAGAAUUGGCCGGUAAUGCUGCAAGAGAUAAUAAAAAGACACGUAUCAUUCCACGUCAUUUACAAUUGGCCAUUCGUAACGAUGAAGAAUUGAAUAAACUAUUGAGCGGUGUUACUAUCGCACAAGGUGGUGUACUACCAAACAUUCAGGCUGUAUUGUUGCCGAAGAAAACGGAAAAAACUGCUUAGAAUUCAUACAUAAUCUCAUCAUUAUAAUGACAACAAUCACAGACAGACAUGUGACUUAUACAAAAUUUUGUAAAUCAGAAUCUCUUGUGUUGCAAUUGCAAUUUGUAAAAUUCAUUUCAUUUCAUUUAAUUAAUAAAUCAUAAACAAACGCA